UCAAUUCGAGUUCAGUGUGCGCGGAAGCACUUCCUUUCCUUUUCUAGUUUUGUUGUGCUACGAAUCAAACAUGGCCAAAGCACCGAAGGAGAAAAUUAGCGCCGUUCAGGUUUUCGGUCGUAAGAAAACGGCCACCGCUGUUGCCUACUGCAAGCGCGGAAAGGGACUGCUUCGUGUGAACGGUCGUCCGCUGGAGCAGGUUGAACCGAAAAUGCUGCGCUACAAGCUGCAGGAGCCUAUGCUUUUGCUGGGCAAGGAGAAGUUCGCCGGUGUUGACAUCCGUAUCCGUGUGAACGGUGGUGGUCACGUCGCCCAGAUCUACGCCAUCCGCCAGGCCAUCUCCAAGGCUCUGGUUUCGUUCUACCAGAAGUAUGUUGAUGAGGCGUCGCGCAAGGAACUGAAGGACAUCCUGACGCAGUACGACCGAACGCUGCUGGUUGCUGACCCGCGUCGCUGCGAGCCGAAGAAGUUCGGUGGUCCAGGUGCCCGCGCCCGCUACCAGAAGUCGUACCGUUAAGGCACCACACAGUGUCCUGUUUUGUAUACUCGUCCGGUUUAUCAUCGCCACUAUCGAACCCAUCGGGAUCAAUCCAUGGUGGACGCCGGCUGAGGCUGUCAUUGUUUAGCGCAGUCGAUGGAAGUGUUAAACUGGGCGAUAGACAACACGGGAAUUAUUUCUCCAUAAGAUUACGAGUGUUUUGCUUUAUGCAAACGUGAAAUGAAGGUGAAUAAAUCGUAAACAUCUGUACAAUCUUA